AUGCAGCUGUGCCGGGGCCGCGCGUUGGGCAUCUCGGUGGCGGUGGCGCACGGGGUGUUCUCGGGCUCGCUCAACAUCCUGCUGAAGUUUCUCAUCACCCGCUACCACUUCGCCUUCCUGACGCUGCUGCAGUGCCUGACCAGCUCCACGGCGGCGCUCAGCCUGGAGGUGCUGCGGCGACGGGGCGCCCUGGACAUGCCGCCCUUCGGCCUCAGCCUGGCGCGCCUCUUCGCCGGGGUCACGCUGCUCUCCACGCUCCAGUCCAGCCUCACCCUCUGGUCCCUGCGCGGCCUCAGCCUGCCCAUGUACGUGGUCUUCAAGCGCUGCCUGCCCCUCGUCACCCUCCUCAUCGGCGUCCUGGUGCUCAAGAACGGCAUCCCCUCCGUCGGGGUCUUGGUGGCCGUCCUCAUCACCACCUGCGGGGCGGCUCUGGCAGGUGAGUGAUGGAGAGAGAGGGAAGCCUCGCCACAGCUCCUCCUCGGUCCGCACGGCUCAUUUCACCAGGAUCCUGCGGGUUCUACCCUGUCCUGCCUCGUUCCUUCCAUUAGUCCCCUCUCAUCGCCCCCUCCCCCCUUCAUAUCCAGCUCCUUGGCAUGCCCAGCGCAGCCACAUCACCUCCCACUCUGUCCUUUCCUCACCCCAUCACUUCCCGACUCAUCAGCCCCAUCACCCACCACGUCCUUUUUCUCUCUCCACUCUGGUCUUUCGCUUGGAUUCCCACUGACUCCUGCUGCGACCCUCAUGCCACCUCUAUCUUACCUCCUUCCACGCUUCCUUAGCUUUUAUUAUUACAUCUCUGAUCAUCUCUAGAGCUCGCCUCAACCUACAUCAUGUUUCCACACCAACCUUCAACACAGCAGUUUUCCCACCCCUUAAAUAUAUUUUUAUGAUAAUAUAUUUUCAGCCUAAUAUCACUGUCCAGUCCUUAAUAAAGUGACUAUAAAGGUUGGAAGGUGGGUGAAAAGAUAGAGAUGUAAAAACAUGUAAUGUAGUUUCUUCCCAUCCCCUCAAAUACUUUAUUCCACACUUACAAGCCUCAACCAAUUCCCAUUCCAUCUCCACCCCUCAAAACACCCCAGUAAAGUCAUCAGUAUCUUCUCAGCCAAUAUUAUAUGAAGAUUAGUAGUACCUCACAAAGUUCAUAGCUCCACACUCUUACCACUGCUCCUUCUCCCAUGACUCCUUGUCCCAUCAUCCUCCCAGUGGCAGGGUCUUGUCUCAUCCUUCCUCUUCUACACUCAAGAAUACAGUUCUGCUCAUUAGCAGAGGCUGCCUCAGGGCGGCUUCACACAGUAUGAGCUCCCUGACAUGGCUAGUUUUAUGUCAGGGUACACAUCUGUCUGCCAUUCUCACAUGUAUGUGCACUGUUUGCAUAAAUGCAAACUAUGUCCGAAGCUGCCAAGGUUCUAACCCAAACUUGCCCCCCCUUCCAUCACAACUUACCACCCCCUUCCCCUAUGUCAUGGGUUUUCUAAUUUUUUAAAAUACUCAUUUUCUCUAUAAUAAAGAGUUCAGUGAAGGCUCUUUCUAACUAAAAACACACAGGUAGAUCACCUCCAUGUAAGAAGCAAAAUAUGUACAAUUGAGUACACCUGCAGUACAUCUGUCGUCAGUCAAAUUUGCACUCCUGUGUUUUCUAUGCAUGACCCAUGGACGUGAUUUUUCCUUUAUGGGGAUUAUCUCCAUGCAGGAGAAAUGUCAUGUCUGAAGUGGCCCAGCUGAUUUCCCCCAAGCCCUCUUCUUCCGCUAGCCCCAUUUUAUUUGCAGCUGCCUGGCUUGUCUGUCACAUGGCAGCUGUUGUUAAGGAUGAGGAAAAACUCUCGAGAAAAUCCACAUUAUGGAUCCGUCAGGCAGUGCCACUGUCUCUACAGUCUAUAAUUAAAGUCUAUUACCAGUGCCAUUAAUAGACAGGGGUAAAUUCUAUUUAGGAAUAACUGGAUUGCCAGAAUUCAUGUAUACGUAUAUGCAUGUUCAGAAGUGAGAACAAGUUCUGAAUCCUCAAGGAUAGUUAAGCUGGGAUGAAUAUGACUGAGUUAAAAAAAAUAAUGCUUUAGCUAUUGCAAGAACUGUGCAGAUAGAAUAAUUAACCAGCAAUUCCCAAUGUCUUUUUAUCUGGUUAUUAAACAAAGUGGGGUGUCAUAUUUUCCCUCACCUUGGAAAUAAACUCUUGCUUAGUUUAAAAGGAUAUGAAAGAAUGAAGCACACAAAUGAAGAAAUAUUUGCCCUACAAAGAGAUCUGGAUAUUAUUUUAUUUUAUUUAUUAGUUAAGAGCAUUUAUGUACCACUUAAUCAUCAAGCCCUGUAAGCAGUUUACAUAAAAUCACUAUGAUACAAUGACAGUCAGUAACUUAACUUCUAUAUUUUUCCCCUAUAUAAAUAUUUGUGCCAUUUUUCCCUAUUUGUUUGUUCGUGAAAGGGUGUUAUCUAGAGACAGAUUGCUCAAGUUGUGUCUGCUUUCCAUAGAAGGCAGUAGUGCAGUUGGCCAAAGUUGGAUUCUGGACUUAGUGCUUUUAAGGGGGCAGCGCUCUUUAGAUGGUAAUGUGGACCUUUAUUCACCUCACAAUCUGGAAAUGCAGCCCUGCUGCAUCUGAGUACCCUCCUGCUCAUUCUGCUAGACCAGGCGCUGGACUUCCUCCCCACUCACUUCGAGAAGGAUUCAGUCACAGACAGCUAACUAACAUGGGCUGCUGGGCUAUAUUCUGUAUUAAUUGGAUGACCCAGAGUGUGUUCAGGUGCUCUUAUCUGUGGAGGAAAAGGAACAGCUUCCUCUUCUGGCAUAAGUACCUUGAUCACUGUACAAUCACAGGGGAAGGAGAUGGGGAGAGAGAAACCUUGUUGCAGGGAGAGGAAGAAGCUUGUUCACUAUGUUUUCUUACUUCUUUGCCACACUUCUUUGCUCAAGUUCAUACAAAUUGAGGGAGUGUUAAAAUUUACCAGAGGAGAUGACAAGCAUCUUCUGGCACAGGUGACAGGGGAUUUGGUUUAACUUCAAAGGAUAAUUUUUAAAACAAAUCUACAGGAGUGUAUUUGUGAAUAGGUUACCAUCACAAUCUAUUUAUAAUAUUUAAAAGCAGCUUUAAGGGUGCUUUGGGAGUUGGAAGGGGUGCAGUGCAUUCAUCCGAGACCAUAUCCAGCAGGUGUACCCUAUAAUCUUAAAAAAAAGGUGUGUAUAUCUUUUGCAGUGGUAGCCAAAUCACCUGCUACCCUUGGCUUUUCUGGGCUACACAAAUAUGCAAAACUGUUUUGACUGGUGAAACUCAGAACAAAAACCCUAACCACGUGUAAAAACAAGCAAUGACUGCUCUGUCAUGGUGCCUCAAACUAAGCUAUUGUCAAACACCGCACCGUCAAUCCUUUUGUUUCCCUCAAAGGGAAUGCAAGCAGAUAUCGGCUCUACAAUAUUACAUAUCCAGCUGAGUAAAUUCAAGCUCUUUCUAUUCAAAGCAUUAUAGGAAUGAAUGUAACAAGUGGGCUUCUGCAUGUCAUUGUGGGUAGUUACUUGCUAAAAAUUCAUUUAAAUGAGGGCUGAAUAUGAACAUUAGAGACCCCUGUGAAAUCUUGCAUUUGUGCUCAAGGCAAACGGCCUGAGAUUCAAAGUCUUACUCAUUGCUACUGCUGCAAUUGCUCUGGCACUGACCUUAUCGCCUGCUGUAGGAAAAGAGGGAUGAUCCUGCAGAACUAGACUCGUGAUCUCUCUGAAAUGUUGCUAUAGGCAGAGUCCCUACAUCCUGGCAUGUAAAUGCAUGUUUCUUUCUCUUUCUUUCAAAAUUGGCAGGUGCGGGUGACCUGACUGGUGAUCCUAUUGGGUAUCUGACUGGAGUGCUGGCUGUGCUGGUGCACGCAGCCUAUUUGGUACUCAUUCAAAAGACGAGUGCAGAUAGUGACUAUGGGCCCCUUACGGCCCAGUAUGCCAUUGCUGUUUCUGCCACACCUUUUCUCAUCAUCCUCUCCUUUGCCAGCAUGGAUGCCAUCAAUGUCUGGUCCUUCCCAGGAUGGAAAGAUCCUGCCAUGACCUGCACCUUUAUUGUGUGUGUCGUGAUUGGCUGUGCCAUGAAUUUUACCACUCUCCACUGCACCUACAUCAACUCGGCUGUAACCACCAGUUUCGUUGGGGUCGUGAAGAGCAUCGCAACCAUCACGGUCGGGAUGGUGGCUUUUAGCGACGUGGAGCCUACAAAGCUGUUUAUAGCUGGUGUGGUGGUAAAUACCAUAGGUUCCAUCAUUUAUUGUGUGGCCAAGUACAUGGAAACGAGAAAGCAGAGUCAUUAUGAAGACUUGGAGAAGGAAAUGAGGGAAGAGGAGAAGAAAGAAUGUGAUGGAGAGCAGCCACCUUUAGUAAUGGAGGAGAUCUCCAAGGACACAGAGCAUGGGGAGACACCAAUGGAGGAGUCAGCAAAUGGAAGCGACCAGCAAAGCACAGAGGAGAAGGACAGCAUAGUGGGACAAGGAAAUGCGCCCAUUGUCACUGAUGGUGGCAACUCUGAAGCAGUUACCAACAGCUCAUUAAAGGAUGCCUACCUUGGAGUAUGGAGGUUGGUUAGGGGGGCUAAUUAUAUGAAGAAAGAUUACCUAGUAGAGAAUGAGGAGCUACCAAGUCCUUGA